UGUUUUGGAGGAGGAAGUGAAAAGGGAAAGGAGAAGCUGAGGGUAGCAGUUAGGUCGCUCGCUGUCAGGCAAGCAUUCAAGCAAAGUGCCAAAUUUCCAUACCAUUUGUCGAAAAUCUUCCUCGCAAAUUUACGACACGUUUUUUUAAGUGCUCACGCAAAGUCAACGCGUUUUUCUAAAAAAAUUGCAGCGAGGCAUUGCCAAAUUAACGCUAACUAACGAGUUCAGUGCCAGCGAGCUAGCUAGCUAGCUAACGUAACGCCUAGUUAGCCAAUAACGCUAACUGUCCUGAACAACAACAGCUAGUUAGCUUGCAGCCCGGUCGGUUCCAGUCCAGAAGCCGCAGCUCCGGUGUGUCACAACUGUGGAAAAAUGACAUCCAGGAAGAAAGUGCUCUUGAAAGUCAUCAUCCUGGGAGAUUCUGGUGUUGGAAAGACUUCCCUAAUGAACCAGUACGUGAACAAGAAGUUUAGUAACCAGUAUAAAGCUACAAUAGGAGCAGACUUCCUGACCAAGGAGGUGAUGGUGGACGACCGGCUCGUUACAAUGCAGAUCUGGGACACAGCUGGCCAGGAGAGGUUUCAGUCUUUGGGUGUUGCCUUCUACCGUGGAGCAGACUGCUGUGUGCUGGUGUUUGAUGUGACUGCUCCCAACACCUUCAAGACACUCGACAGCUGGAGGGAUGAGUUUUUGAUCCAGGCCAGCCCUCGAGAUCCUGAGAACUUCCCCUUCGUGGUGCUAGGCAACAAGAUUGACUUGGAGAACAGACAGGUAACCACCAAAAGGGCUCAGGCUUGGUGUCAGAGUAAGAACAACAUCCCCUACUUUGAGACCAGUGCCAAAGAAGCCAUAAACGUAGAACAGGCAUUCCAGACAAUUGCACGUAACGCCCUCAAACAAGAGACGGAGGUGGAGUUGUAUAAUGAAUUCCCAGAGCCCAUAAAACUGGAUAGGAAUGACAGAGCUAAACCUUCAGCGGAAAGCUGCAGCUGCUAAGGGACAACUUGGACCAUCUUCUGUCUUGGCUUUCUGAAACACCCUGUCCCCGGUUACAUCACAUGCACCUUGCUCCCAGGGAAAGUACUUCCCUAUUGGUCUUCCUCUCUCACACCACUGUUCAUUCCAUCGACCACAACCCCUCACGCAGUACGCUGCACUUGGAUGUAUCCUGCCCUCACUUAGUGCACAGAUUAAUACACUAGCGUACAUAAAAUACGCCGACAAAUCCCGUGCCCAAAGAUCACACAAGAGAAGAAUGACACCCCUUCUGACCCUCGACUCAAUAGUGAGUCAUCUCCUACCCUGCCCGCCCAUUUUUCCUGACCGUGGCCCCUGAUUCUCACACUGAGUGGGCAAGAUGGAGCCAUGUUCAAAGAGUGCAAUGGGGAACUCUAGGUGGACUGGCUGAUGCUCUGUAAUGUGAGAUGAUGUUGGCUAACAUCAGCAUCCCAAGUAUCUUAUUCUUUCUUUCUGUUUUCUUUUUGCUUUCCUUUGCCUAUCUGUCAAGAAAUAACGGAGUUGAACUAUAUAAAUAUAUAUAUAUAUAUAAUUUUUUUUUUUUAAUUGGCUGAUGUUAUUUCUUAAGCCAAUCUGAAACACAUAGUUUUUUUUGCACUUUCUUUUUAUGUUUUGCCUUUAAAUGUUAAAGAGGGAUGAUUUGAUUUUGGGCAACAUCUGCUACCACCCGCCUUUUGGUAAGCUUCAAUUUAUACUUCCUCACUUUGUUAUCCCCUGUCAAAAAUCCCCCAACAAUCUGUUUAACACUUUGGUGGUUGUACUGCCUUUUCCCUUCAUGGUUUUGUGUAAAUUGGUUUAUUACUGCCUCACACUGCAGACGAAAUGCUACAAAGUAGACCUUAAGUGAAAGCUGAUAAUGCAGUCACAAUGUAAAAUGGGGAUUAAUUCCUUGAUAUAUUAAUAUUUGCCUUUUUAUUUAACAUUUAACAUUACUUGUACUGCAACUAUUACUGCUGUAUGUGUUAUGUCCUUCAUCAGACAUCAUUCAAUGCUAUGGAAUUACAAUAUGUGUUACCAGCACGGCAUACUCGUGUCUUCUGUCAUGUCUUUGUUAUUGCUGUUCUCUCUAUUUGCUUGUAGCUCAGGUUGGCUAAAAACUUAAUAUUUUUAACGGAUUGUGUGUUACGGUGUAGAGAUGGUACAGGUGAAAGGCUGAUGGAUUGAACUGAAAUGGAUGGUCUCUCUCUCUUUCCAUUUGAAGAAAGGAUCCAACUUUACGCCCUGGUAUUACUCUUUUCCUUAUAGAAAAAACAAAUCACUGCAAUGCCAAUGAUGUUAUCAAAGAAAAUUGGGACGUCAAAUAAUAAAACUCUUGAAUAUA